GAUGAAAUGAAUUCUAUAUCCUUUCUUAUUAUAUUAAUCAUUAUUGGAUGCACUAUGAUCAAUAUGACUGAAACUAGUGGAACCGUAGGUAAAUUGGUAAAACAGACCACUGAGAGUGUUACACAACCACCUAGUGAUUACCCAACGAAUCCACCAAUAAAUAAUACUACAGUAAGGUCAAUGCCCGGUGGAAGAGGAUCACCAUGGGAUAGAGUCAGGUUAUGGUUUGGACCAUUUGGCAAUAUAUUUGGAAUGGAUAAUCAAACAAAUAAUAAAUGGAGGGAAUAAACUACAAAUGAAAUAUGUUAUAAUGAAAUCAUUCUAUGAUUGAAUAAUAUGUACUGUCUUAUUAUUAUUGAUUGUAUGACAAUAUAGAUAUAUACAAGUUUUUUUCUGAUUAGCGUUUUUUUUAGCGAGUUAGUUUUUUACAGGAUGAGGUCGUUAACCCCAUGCUCAACCCUGCUCCUUUAUCCGAGCUUAAGAUUGGCAGUAGCCCUCAGAGGGACUUCAGGCGGAAUUGAUAAGAUACAAAUACUACUGUGUAAUACUUUAUAUUCCCAUUGAUCAUCAUAGUCGAAUAACAGAGGAAUCUAUAGAAUGAACAUCUACAUCAAGGAUAUAGUA